AAUAUUCAGUUUUCAUGCAUGCACUGAAAUACUAAGAAUCUCUGGCCUUCACAUUCUUUCUUAUCCUUCUCAAGAUAUGGACAUCAUAUUCAUGUUGUCUGCCAUCCUUGUUUUCUACUCUUUGUUCCACUUUUUCAACUUAUUGUAUCAUCACCGAAGAAACCAAACAUGCUACCUCUUAGACUAUGUCUGUUUCAAACCUUCCGAUGAUCGGAAGCUCUCUACCGAGCUUUGCGGAGAUAUUGUUCACCGGAACAAGAACUUGGGCCUCAAAGAGCACAAGUUCCUACUUAAAGUUAUUGUUAACUCCGGAAUUGGCGAAGACACUUACGGUCCAAGAAACAUAAUUGCCGGAAGGGAAGAGAUGCCGACACUCGAAGAUGGAGUUGAAGAAAUGGAUGAAUGUUUCUUUGCCACACUUGAUGAGCUAUUUGGCAAGUCAGGCUUCUCGGCUAAAGAUAUCGAUGUGCUCGUCGUCAAUGUCUCCAUGUUCUCACCUGCUCCUUGUCUUGCUGCAAGAAUUGUGAAUCAUUACAAGAUGAGGGAGGAUAUCAAGACCUAUAAUUUAUCAGGAAUGGGUUGCAGUGCUAGUGUAAUAUCAAUUGAUUUAGUUCAAAACAUCUUCAAAACUAAAAAGAAGACAAUGGCAUUGGUGCUAACAUCAGAGUCUAUUGGACCGAAUUGGUAUUCCGGUAACGAUAAAUCGAUGAUGCUCGGCAACUGCCUAUUCAGAUCAGGUGGCUGCUCAAUUCUCUUGUCCAAUGAUCAAGCUUUGAAGGAUAGAGCAAAGAUGAGUUUGAAAUGCUUGGUUAGAACACACAUUGGUGCAAAUGAUGAAGCUCACCAUUGUGCAUUGCAGAAGGAGGAUGACAAUGGUUACUUAGGGUUUCACCUCAGUAAAGAUUUGCCGAAAGCUGCUGCUCUUGCUUUUGCUGCUAACCUGCAAAGAUUGGCUCCAAGAAUCUUGCCGAUGAAACAGUUAGCAAUUUACAUUGCUAGAAAAAUUCACCAAAGCUCUAAACAUGCUAACCCUAACCCUAAUUUCAAGUCAGUUGUUGAUCACUUUUGCCUUCACACAGGAGGUUCGGCGGUGAUCGAAGGGGUUGGAAGAAGCCUGGGGCUAACAAAGUAUGACUUAGAGCCUGCCAGGAUGACACUUCAUCGGUUCGGCAACACAUCGGCAAGUAGCUUAUGGUAUGUGUUAGGAUACAUGGAAGCAAAGAAGAGGUUAAUGAAGAAUGAUAGGGUUUUGAUGAUCAGCUUUGGAGCUGGAUUCAAAUGCAACAGUUGCUUGUGCGAGGUGAUGAGGGAUUUGGAUAGUGGUAAUGUGUGGGAGGACUGCAUUGAAGACUACCCACCAGAAACCCUAGUGAAUCCAUUCAUGGACAAGUAUAGGUGGAUCAAUGAAGCCUAGACUUUUAGUGGAGUACGUACUCCAAUUUGCAUGCAGAUUUCACCUUCCUUCUGUAGUAUUGUGCUUAGUUGUUUGUGCGCUUGCAUGUGUUUGUUUUUAAUUCUUGUUUUAAUUAAUUAAGUUGUAACUUCAUUUGGUUGUAUUUCU